AUGGCCUUGCCCUUUCUUUUCCUGGUGGCCCUGGUGCUGCUUAGCUGUAGGUCAGCCUGCUCUCUGAGCUGCGACCUGUCUCAGACCCACAGCCAGGGGAACACGAGGGCCCUGAUUCUCCUGGGACAAAUGAGGAGAAUCUCUACUUUCUCCUGCCUGAAGGACAGACAGGGCUUUGACUUGGCCUAGCUGGAGUUCGAUGGCAAGCAGGUCCAGAAGGCUCAGGCCCUCUCUGUCCUCCAUGAGAUGACCAGGCAGACCUUCAACCUCUUCACAUCAGAGGACUCAUCUGCUGCCUGGGACAAGAGCCUGUUGAGCUACUUCUGCACUGGCCUCCAUCAGCACCUGAAGCACUUGCACGCCUGCCUGACCCAGGAGGUGGGGCUGCAAGAGCCUCCCCUGAUGCAUGAGGACUCCAGACAGGCUGUGAGGAAAUACUUCCACAGGAUCGCUGUCUACCUGAAGGAGAAGAGCUACAGCCCUUGUGCCUGGGAGGUUGUCAGAGCAGAAAUUGUCAGAUGCUUCUCUUCAUCAGAAACUAUGCAAAAAAAUAUUUAAGGAGUAAGGAA